ACUCCGUCUUCUCAUUGGCUGCUAACCAGGAAGUGUUCAGAAUGAGUUUUGGGGGCGCGAAACCAGAAAGCGUAAACUGUUGUUGUUUUUCCUAAGGACUGCUAAAGGUUUUAAGAAGAUAGCUGUUGUGGUUUAAACUUCAUUGUCAUUCGCCAUGUGUGAAAAGAUCAAGAAGGUGAACAGCUGGCUCAGCACAGUAUUUGGGGAUCAGCCGGUGCCACACUUUGAGGUCAACACAAGGACGGUGGACAUACUGUACCAGCUGGCACAGUCCAGUGAAGCCCGGUGCAGUGACACGGCUCUCCUCAUAGAAGACCUCAAACAGAAAGCAUCGGAGUAUCAGGCUGAAGGUGCUCAUCUGCAGGAUGUUCUUCUACAAGGUGUCGGCCUGUCCUGUGCAAGCUUGUCAAAGCCAGCUGCUGACUACUUGUCUUCUUUAGUGGACACCGCCAUGGUGCUUGGAGUCAGAGACACAUCACUGGGCAGCUUUAUGCCAGCAGUGAACAACCUCACCAACGGACUUCUGGAAGCAGAGAAGUCGAACAGGAGACUUGAGAGAGAACUCCGGGCCCUCAGAAAGAGACUUGGUGCUACUCUGGUGCUGCGGAGCAACUUACAAGAAGAUAUCAACAAAACGGUUAAAUCUCAGGCUGUGGAGAGCGCUAAAGCAGAGGAGAGACUGCUCAACAUGGAUUUCGUGACGGCAAAGGCUAAAGAGCUCAGCAACAGACGGGAGAGGGCAGAGGCUCAGCUUCUAUCCAGGAACAUGGACAAGUCUAUCACCCACCAGGCUAUUGUGCAGCUCUCUGAGGAAGUCUCAGCGCUAAAGCAAGAAAUAAUCCCUUUGAACAAGAAACUGGAGCCUUACAUGGACUUAAGCCCGAGUCCAUCUCUUGCUCAAGUGAAAAUAGAAGAAGCAAAAAGAGAGUUGGCUGCGAUUGAUUCCCAACUUGAGAUGAAUAUGGAUUUCAAGUGAGGAUGUUUGUAAUGUUAAAAUCUUUCCUGUUUUUAGUUGUACGUUUUCUGUGCUUGAGAAAUAAUAAACUAAUUGUUUCCAU